AUGGAUCGAUUGAAGAGGCAACUCAAUGGCCCUUCGAGCCGCCGAGUUCCCCUGCGGGCCUUUAUAUCUUAUGCACUGGAUUAUUUAAUCAUCAUCGUCCUCGCCAUCAUCUACGGCGCACUGGACAAGCUGGUCACGCCCUUCGCACAACACUUUUCCCUCAACAACAUCUCCAUACAGUACCCGUACGCGGUGAAGGAGAGAGUGCCAAUCGCCUGGGCCCUGGUCAUUUCAGGCCUCUUCCCGGCCGUCGUCAUCGCCGUCUACACUCUCUGCGUCGAUGGCUGGUUCUCUCACCAGCGUCGCACCACCCACACGAGGUCCAAAUACAGCUUUGCGGACAGACUCUGGGAGCUCAAUUGUGGAUGGUUGGGCCUUCUCCUGGCCCAAGGUGCCGCCUUUGUCAUUACCGGCUCCCUGAAGAACCUCUGUGGAAAACCUCGUCCAGACCUCGUGGAUCGAUGUCAGCCUCGAGCAGGCUCGGCAGAUGGGGUACCAUAUGGCCUCGUCACAAGGGCAAUCUGUACACAGACAGACUCGGCCAUCAUGCAAGACGGCUUUCGCUCGUUCCCAUCUGGCCACUCCUCUUCAUCUUUCGCUGGGCUCUUCUACCUCUCCCUCUACCUUGCGGCCAAACUGCACGUGCUCGACCAAAAGGGUGAAGUGUGGCGGACCGUGAUUGUCCUGAUUCCGACGCUGGCAGCGUCAUGCGUCGCCAUGUCCCGCAUCAUGGACGCCCGCCACCAUCCGUUCGACGUCCUUUUUGGCUCGGCACUUGGCAUCUUGUGUGCCUGGGCUUCUUACCGCCAGUACUUCCCGCCAGUCAGCCACUCCUGGGAAAAAGGUCGAGCAUACCCCAUGAGAACCUGGGGAACGCCCGUCAGACGACCCGUGCUCGGCAAGGUGCUGGUCGACAGCGAAACACUCGAGGUCCUCGACGACAGGGUGCCCCCAUCGGGAGUGGACUACGACGGUGUCGACACUUCUUCAGCACACGAACUCAAACCGCAGACCCUGGGCUCCCGUCUAGCGACGACGUCAAGCCAUCAGCAGCAGCAUCGUCUUCAACAAUCUAAUUUCGGGACUUCGUCGUCUCCCGCGACGGACGUCGAGACAGGCUACGCGGGUCCCGCGCAACCACCCUUUGGAUCCCAGAGCAGUGGAAACGCUUUCCGCAACCAGAUAGCCCAGAACCAGCGCAUGAGAGCAGGAUACGGCGAUGCGAGCCCCGAGCGCGAGGCGGCGGCGGCGGCGGCGGCAGGCGGCUCGGACGACGAAGACGAUCUCGCCUCGAGAAGACCUUUGCAGGGUCCUGCGUUGCGUUAUUAA